AUGUUCCGAGAUCACGAUUGUAUCGAUGUAACUGAGUUGGAAACGAACGCGGUAGAAAUGAUGCUGCAGGUUCUGAAGAUGUUAGAUACAGAAUUCGUAUCAUCCAAACAGAACGCGAUGGAGCAAUGCAAAAAAAUGCGCGAGGAAUACGAAAAGAGAUGUGAACUUGGCGAGCCGAACACGAUGGUUUACAACACCAUCCGGAGUAUUUAUCAGGAAAUAAUAAACGAUCUUACGGAGAUACAGAAAUUGUGUGCAGAAUACAAAAUCCGCUCACAAUUAGACUUGGGUAAGGAGUCAGAUCUGCGUCAGAAAUCGGUCGGGUACAAGGAGUAUAUCGAAGAUCUAAAGAAAAUUGGUAAAUGCUGGAAACCGCCUGAUGAAGAUGAGGAGGAGAAAUCGAUUGGAGAACAUAAAACUUACCAAGCAUGUAAUUGCCAGUGGACCAACGUCCCGGAAUCCGAAUUGGAACCCACUCAGGAUAUUUUGAAGAGACCAAUCAAACCACGAAGAACGGCUUUCGAUCUAAGCGAUUUGAGAUUCAAACAGGAAUUAGCGGUACUUCGAACGAGACUGUUCAUCCUGCCCGAGAUAAUUCCAAAACGAAGAAAGAUGAGUGGAUUCGACCGAGCUUCUUCGCUGUUGGCGGAAAUCAAGUCGAUUGGUAGUAAGAUAGAGUUCAAGGAUUUCAUGGAGGAAUGGGCGUCGUGCACAGUAGCGAGUGUUGAAGAGGAAGCGGCGAAGAUAGGAAGUUUAAAAUUCGUCGACGGUCAAUUUACGCCCUGCGAAUUAUGGAAGAAGCUUCUCGACGUAAGCGGCAAUCAACUCAGAUCAAAAUGGCUGCUGGUAGUCUGUCCACAGAUUGAAGCUAGGCUAAAAAAGCAUAUCGUGCCCUUGGCUCACUUCAGUCCCAAAAAAGUCUUUGCUAUGCUUUCUCGGAUCCCGGAAAACGGAUCGAAGUACACUCUAUCAAAGGAGGAGUUGAUCCACAUGCUUGACGACAAAUCGGACGUAGCCGAAUGGCUCUACGGAUGGAAAGUCCAGUUCAAACUACUCGGCGGAAUCCAGAUCGCCGCCACAACGAUACAACGAUACUGGAGAGGCUAUGCGGUUCGGAGAGACGUCCGUGAAUCCGACUGCAGGUACAUAGCAGCAAGUAUAAUCUGGAUGGCUUGGUUGUUCAUGAAAAAGCGGCGCGAAAUGCACGCACACUACCUUACAAAGAUGCUGGUGACUGUGAGCGCGACUGAAGAGCUCAACGCGAAACUGGCUGCUAACUAUUACGAAAUAGUGAAAGAGGCACACGUGGUAAUCCACUUGCCAUCCAUCGGUCAUCCGCCGGACGUAAGAAACUCCAUAUCGCCGCCGAUAUUCCGCAUCUACCAGAACAUCCUAGCGCUGAAGAUGUCGUUUUUGAAAAACCGUCACGCCGAGGUGAUUUACAUUCUACCCGUGGAGCCCUCGGACAGUCUUCUCCGAAUGUAUUUCGACAUACUAGAAUCCGUUAGGCCAAACGAAGGUAUACAGAACCGCGUGACUUUCCUCGCGUUGUCAAUGAGGCGGGCCUUCGCUCAGUGCUCGUUUAAUACCGCGAGGACUUUGUACUACUCGGGCGAUACCAUGGCAGCUUUGAAGCAGGCGAUCGCUGGAAAACCUGCCUACCUUUUGCCCUGGGUCAUGGACGAGUGCGACGUAUGGACCGCUGGCACGCUCAGCGUGCCUUGGCUGGGUUCAUCCAUGAGCCUCCAGUCACGGUUGUUGAACAAAUCUGCAAACGCCGAGCUCUUCACGAGUUUAGGCAUCGAUCAGCCGCCGUACAGUCCGUUCGUAAAGGAUUACGGGACCCUCUGCACAAAGUUGGCGAAUCUGAUCUGCAUGCACAGCGAGGUGUGCUUGUGGCUGAUAAAGCUGAACGUUGGUAUCGAUGGAAAUCAGACGGGAGCUUUUUUGAUCAACAAUAUAAGUGUGCCGUUCAUGCUCGAUCUCAGAAAAGAGAGAAUGAGUUGCGGCGAAGCCUGGACCACGACUGAGCAGCUGAGGAAACCCUACCUCGAUCUACUUCUCGAACAACUGCCGAAGGUCGUUUUCACGUUGACCAGAUUGGCGCCGAACUACAAAUGCUGGAAAGACUUUUACGCCAGUUUGACCAAACACGGAUGUCUCCUUCAAGCUGUUCCUGACAAAAAGACCUACUCCAUCCUCAGCGCUGCCAUCUUUAUUCCGGGACUCGAGUCUGGUCGAAAACCUGUUUGGAUUGGAACCGCGGAUCAAAUGCACUUAGAAACUCAGUUCACGGCCUUCGGUUUCAUGAUACCGCAGACUUCUUUUCCCCACGAACAAAUUCAAACGGUCGUCACGACUCUCGCCGAAGCGUUGCAAGAAAUGGGGUACUUUGGAUACGCGAGUUUCGAUCUAUUUUGCUUCGUUCAAAAGUUCGACGAUGUUCCUGUGGCUCUGAUCCUUGACCUCGAUGCUUAUUACGGGAAGGUUCACAACUUUCUGGACUGGUUCUCCUUCACGAUUAACGGAAAGUAUGAUCCCGAGAAAAAUGUCUUCCAAAGCGACGUUAACUUGUCCCCUCAGACUCGGAAGACGUUUCGACAUCCACAGUCGCGAAUUGUUCGCUGGGAUGAAACGAAGGAAAGAUUUGGUAUCGCCAUGGGACGGCUUCAUCACACUGAACUUUAUCGCCAUCGGUGGCCGAAAUUAUACUACUUUUGCAAAAAGUGCAAGGUACGCGCUAUUCGACCUUUUGCACUGCCGUUAUCUUCUUCCUUUACCACAAAUUUGUUAGCUUCAGAGACAAGUCCCUCUUCCAGAUCACCUACGACGCGAAAACGAGAGUUGGGUCCCACGUUCUAUUCCACGAUGGAGAAAGUCGCGCUCACGUAA